AUGGCCGACGAAAGACGGGACGUUCACAACCCCGUCCUCUUCGAGUGUGCAUGGGAGGUCGCAAACAAAGUCGGCGGCAUCUACACCGUCAUCAAGACAAAGGUCCCCGUCACCGUCUCCGAGUUUGGCGACAGGUACACCCUCAUCGGGCCCCUCUCCUACAAGACCGCCCCGAUGGAGGUCGAGGCAGAGGAGCCCUCCGAUCCCCACAUCGCAGCCGCCCUCGAAGCCAUGCGCGCUACAGGCGUCAAGGCCCUCUACGGCCGCUGGCUCAUCGAGGGCGCCCCUCACGUCCUUCUCUUCGACACCGGCAGCCAGUACCAUCGCCUCGACGAGUGGAAGGGCGAUCUAUGGAACCUCGCUGGCAUCCCCACGCCCCCAAACGAUCAUGAGACGAACGAAACCAUUGUCUUUGGCUACUUGGUCGCAUGGUUUCUCGGCGAGUAUGUCUCCCGACAAUUCACCACCGCCGUCGUCGCCCACUUUCACGAAUGGCAAGCCGGCAUUGCGAUCCCUCUCUGCCGAAAACGGCACAUCGACGUGACCACCGUCUUCACCACCCACGCAACCCUUCUCGGCCGCUACCUCUGCGCAGGCAGCGUCGAUUUCUACAACAACCUCCAGUACUUUGACGUCGACCACGAAGCGGGUAAGCGCGGGAUCUACCACCGCUACUGCAUCGAGCGCUCCGCCGCCCACUGCGCCGACGUCUUCACAACCGUGUCACACAUCACCGCGUACGAGGCCGAGCACCUUCUCAAACGCAAACCCGACGGCGUCCUCCCGAAUGGACUCAACGUCGUCAAGUUCCAAGCGAUGCACGAGUUCCAGAACCUGCACUCCACCGCCAAGGCAAAGAUCCACGAGUUUGUCCGCGGCCACUUUUACGGACACAUGGACUGGGACCUCGACAACACCCUCUACCUGUUCACCGCCGGUCGAUACGAGUACAGAAACAAGGGCGCGGACAUGUUCAUCGAGGCCCUCGCACGGCUCAACUACCGCCUGCAGUCCGCCAACUCGAACGUGACCGUCGUCGCGUUUAUGAUCAUGCCCGCGUCGACGCACUCGUACACGAUCGACUCGCUCAAGGGCCAGGCGGUCACGAAGCAGUUGCGCGAUACCGUGACCGAGAUCCAAAACCGGAUCGGGACGCGCUUGUUCGACAUCGCGGCGCGGUCGAAUGGUGACUUUUCGAAAUUUCCCUCAGCGGACGAGCUGCUAUCCGAAGAAGACAAGGUGCUCCUGAAGCGCCGCAUCUUCGCGCUCAAGCGCCACGGCCUGCCGCCCGUCACGACGCACAACAUGGCCGACGACGCGAACGACCCGAUCCUGAACCAGAUCCGGCGCGUCAAGCUGUUCAACAACUCGUACGACCGCGUCAAGGUCAUCUUCCACCCGGAUUUUUUGAGCUCGAACAACCCCGUGCUCGGGCUUGACUACGAGGAGUUCGUGCGUGGCUGCCAUCUCGGCGUGUUUGCGAGCUAUUACGAGCCGUGGGGGUACACGCCUGCGGAAUGCACGGUGAUGGGGAUCCCAUCCGUGACGACGAACCUGUCCGGGUUCGGAUGCUUCAUGCAAGACAUGAUCGAGCGACCCGAGGACGAAGGCUGCUACAUCGUCGACCGGCGCAUGAAGUCCGCCGAGGAGUCCGUGAACCAGCUCGCGGACUGCCUCUUCGGCUUCUGCACCAAGACGCGGCGGCAGCGCAUCAACCAGCGGAACCGCGUCGAGCGCCUGUCGCCGCUGCUCGACUGGAAGAACCUCGGGAUCGAGUACGCCAAGGCGCGCCAGCUCGCGCUGCGCCGCGCGUACCCAGACUCGUUCUACGGCGGGCUCGACGGGGAGGGCGAGGAGGACGACCUUGGGUACUUUGGGGGCGGGCAGGAGAAGUUGGCGAUGAGCAUGCCGGCGAGUCCGCGCUUGAGGCAUACGGGGAUGGCGACGCCUGGUGAUAUGGGCACGCUCACGGAAGAGAUGCAAUCUCUGGGAACGAGCGAUUACAAGGGAUACGUGUGGCCGACGAAUCAAGACGCGGAUGACGACAGCUAUCCCUUCCCGUUGGUCAUGAAGGUCCGCUCACGCGCUUCGUCGGUUAUGUCGGGCGCGAGCACCCCGGGCGGCGGGCCAUUCAAGUCCCUCAGCGAAGGCGACCUCCGCCAGGCGGACGCCGCGCUCUCGCAGGUCAACGGCACCAACAGCAACGGCAACGGCUCCGCGAACGGAAAAUCGUCCUGAUCGCUCCCUUUUACACCUUUUGCACAGGCAAGUUUGUGCUCAAGCUCGACGACGACGACGGUGGUGAUGUGCACGCAAUUCCCCCUGUCACCUGUCUUUUUUUUUCAAUCUCACUCUCUGUGUCUUUAUGUCAAUGCAUCUCCUCAACACUAUGCUUCACAUGUUCGGAUAGCGCGCUAGAUAUUGCUGUUGUUCCCAUUUGUAGACCCGCAUUUACGCUUUGGCGGUGCGUCUGUUAUACGAGCUUGUACGGGAUGUACUGUACUGUACUUCUGUUGCAGUCAAAUCAUGACCCUUGUCGGAAGCUUUUUUGAAACUGG